CCCUUUCUCGCCAUCCCACGACGCCCGUCGGCCUCGCUCGCUCGAAGACGCCCCUCGCGAUGAAGGGCAUGCGCCGCUGUCCAACUCGCUUCCCGAAGAGCGACGCCGACAGGGUGCGGCUGCGCGUGAUCACUACGCGUACACGAUGUUCCAUUGCUGGGCCUCCAGAAGCACUGACGUUGUCAUCCCGCGCAUUUACGUCCACGAUGCUCCUGACGAUCGCGCGGCGCCCUUUCACCACGAGCUGUGCUCGUCUCUCGUUGCGUGGCUUCGCCACAAGCCACAACUUCCCUGCGUUCCCCUCUGACGUCCCAACACAUCCGCUGCUAGUCGUCGACUAUGCACGCAUCAAGGCUGGGGACAAGGCAGAGAUCGAUCGCCUCUGGGAGGCAGCGACAACGCUUGGGUUCUGGUACCUGAAGAAUCACGGAGCUGAUGCGGAAGCUGAAGCUAUGUUCAAGAUGGGCGAGGAUGUGAUGCGCCUACCGCUGAAGGAGAAGAUGAAGUUCGAGCAGGGCGAUACAGGGAACUCCUUUGGCUACAAGGCCGCCGGCGCGAAUGCUACCGACGCUGCGGGCACUCGCGACACCGUCGAGUUCAUCAACAUCGCGAAGGACGACGCUCUUGCAUAUCCCGUCGUUGCGCGCCGAACAUACCCCGCUCCUGUUGUGAAAGCCAUGCCCACUGUCGUCCAACCGUUCGUUCGCAAGUCGGUCGACGUCAACAGCAUACUUCUUGCCACGCUCGGCGAGCGACUCGGGCUCCCGAAGGACUCGUUGCAACGUCGUCAUUCUGAGACGGAGCAUAGCGGUAGCGAAGCGCGCGUGAUUCACAGCAUGCCGCUGACGCCUGAGGAACGCGAGGCGCGAAAGGCAAUUGGCGCGCAUACUGACUUCGGUUCUUUGUCCUUCCUACACAAUCGCCUCGGUGGUCUGCAAGUUCUCCCGCCGGGCUCGGAGAGAUGGCAAUACAUCAAGCCCCUUCCCGGACACGCGAUAUGCAACCUCGGCGACGCCAUGGCGCUCUUCAGCGGCGGGAUCCUACGGUCCAACAUUCAUCGCGUCGUCCCGCCGCCUUCGUUCCAAGCUGACCUCCCUCGGUGGUCGCUCGUGUUCUUCACACGCCCCGGGAACGGCCAGAUCUUGCGCGCGCUCACGGACGAAAGCCCUAUCAUCCGCGAUGCUAUCGAGGCUAAACGUGCGCAAGGAGAGGACGUUAGCGCGUAUGAUACGGGCUCGACGGCCUUUGACUGGUUUGCGCGACGCAUCCGAAAUCAGCGUAUGAACAAUCGCAAGGGUCCCGAGACGUGGCUGGCAAGCAGAGGCACGGAAGGUCGCACGGAGGAUGCUAUACCCGAAGUAUGAGGUGGCCGACGCGUAGUACGAGGAAUGUGUAUACUUUCUUGAAUACAUCGUCGUUCUUUCGUUCAACGCCUCGCCAACUGGUGAGCGUUGAAGUUUUUCCGCUUGCUAUCACGGAGGAAGACCGUGCCUUCGGUCAAUCGAUCGACGAAGCGUGCGCGCGAGAGCGGGAGGAGCCUGCGACGUGAACUUUGCGUUCGCGCUCUCUCGAAACUACAACUGCACCAACCAGCGGCGCAAGUCGGACCUGCGCUUUGCUUUCCUGGACGAGAAUCUCAGUGCUAGGAAUAUGGUCCGUAUGCAUGGGUCCCAUAGUACAUACAACAUAGCACGACGUGCGCGACACAUACUUACAUAGCUAGACGUUACACAUACAAGAUCAUAAAGUCAUACACAGCAAAUGACAUAACAAACAGGUCAAUUCGUAUUCCGUGUCCCCGCCUACUCGUCGGGGUAUUCAAGGGUAAGCUCUCCCUCGUCCAG